UGCUACUCUGAGGUCUUUUACUUUAAUGUAGUAAAAAUUCAGGAGCUUAUUUAGAUUUUUGACUCGGACAUUCGCUCUCACACUUCUUGGUGAUUUGUUGUUUCACAGUCAGACACCAUGAAGCUCCAGACCUUCAUCCUGUUAGCGGUUCUUCUCAGCUUUUGCUCCUCAGCUCCGAUUCUCCGCCAGCAGUUGGGAAUAAUUGCCAGUAACAGUAAUGAGAUUGUGCGUCUGCCAGGACUCACACUCACUGGUAUGGGUUUGGGACAAACACAGGUUCAGGGUUCUCCAUUUCUCACUCCGUUCCUGAUCCAGUCACAGCCUGAACUCCUGCUGCCUCCUCAGGUGUUGAAUCUUGGUCCUCAGCUUCCUGGACCCUUUCUGCCCCCACAGCAGAGCCUGCCCCCAUUCCUCAUUCCCUCUCUUCAGCAAGAGCAGCCUACAGGACCCAUCAACCCCAACAACCCCCUUCCUCCCCCCAACAGCCAGGACCCCAUCCAGGUUCCUCAAUACUUCCCGUUCCCUCAGGUACCAAGAGGACAGGGUUUUCCUUAUUAUAUGAGUUACGGUUUCCCACAAAGAAACCCGCUGUUCAACCACUUGCCCAAUCAGAACACAGCAAACCAGAAUGUAGCCAAUCAGAACCCAGUGAGACCCACUAAAGCCCCAGCGCAGAAUAACGGGAAGGUGUUGGAGCUGUUGCGCAUUACUCCGUCCGCUGAUAACCGUGGUGACCGUCCUGGGCGUGGUGUCGAUGGGGAUCCUGCGUUCCCGUUCUUCCGGCCGUAAACGUGAUGAGAAACGUACAGAUGAAACAUUACGCUUGUGUGUGACGGCCCAGAAGCCGGCGACGUUUUCCUCUGUGUAACUGUUAUAACAGCUUAUAACAUCACCUGUGUUCAAUGAC